CUGGUACUUUCAGGGUUUAACCAGAUAAUUAUCAACUUGUCCAAAACCCUCUCGCGCCCUCUCAUGGCUACCUCUAACCUUACUAGGGUUUCUUCUCCGGCUUACUCCACUGGCUCCCCCGCACACGCUCCUUUAAAGCGCGUUGGCACUCACAACGGCAGUUUCCACUGCGAUGAGGCCCUUGGCUGCUUCAUGAUUCGUCUCACUGACAAGUUUUCCCACUCCGAGAUUGUCCGUACCCGAGAUCCCAAGGUAUUGGAGGGGCUUGAUGCUGUGCUUGAUGUUGGAGGCGUGUAUGAUCCUAGUCAUGAUCGAUAUGAUCAUCACCAGAAGGGAUUUGAGGAGGUGUUUGGACAUGGUUUUAAUACAAAGCUUAGCAGUGCCGGACUUGUUUAUAAGCAUUUUGGCAAGGAGAUAAUAGCUAAAGAGCUUCAGCUUGGAGAAGAUCACCCAGAUGUGCAUAGAUUAUUUCUGGCCAUUUACAAAAGCUUCAUGGAGGCAAUUGAUGCAGUUGACAAUGGAAUCAACCAGUUUGAUACUGACAAGCCUCCAAGAUAUGUGAACAAUACACAUUUAUCUUCUAGGGUAGGAAGAUUAAAUCUAGACUGGACAGAUCCUGAUCAAUCACCUGAGAAAGAGAACGAGGCUUUCCAACAAGCAAUGGAUUUAGCCGGUAGUGAGUUCUUAGAAAGUGUCCAAUUUCAUGCAAAAUCAUGGUUGCCAGCAAGGUCAAUUGUGAUGGAGUGUAUUGCCGAGAGAUUUGAUGUGGAUCCUAGUUGUGAAAUUAUGUUUUUGAAAAGGUUUUGCCCUUGGAAACUUCACUUAUUUGAGCUUGAAGAGGAGCUGAAGAUUGAGCCUCCUAUUAAGUAUGUUCUUUAUGAGGAUGAAAGAGGCAAACAAUGGCGAGUUCAGUCAGUUGCAGUAUCUCCUGACAGUUUUGAGAGCCGGAGGCCCCUCCCUGCUCAGUGGCGAGGUUUGAGGGACGAUGAGCUGUCAAAAGGGGCAGGAAUUUCUGGCUGCGUCUUUGUUCACAUGAGUGGGUUUAUCGGUGGAAACCAGACUUACGAGGGUGCUCUAGUGAUGGCGAAAACCGCUCUAAAGAUAUGAUCUUGGGAGAUAACUUUUAUUUCUUUCACUUGGCUUGACAUCUUUUACAUGAUUUUAUGAUAGGAUUUGUAUUAUUUACCAAAUUUGUGGCUUUAUACAGUGCUGUAUGAUUCAAUUGAACUUUUAGGAUGAAAUGAAAUCUGAGAGUUGGAAA